AUGAACGUUCCGGUCUUGACGCUUCUGCCCGGCGACAGCUUUGCGCCCGCGCCCGCCAACUGGCCCGUCCACGAUAUCUCGGCCGACCAGGCGCAGGUGCUCGCCAAGCUCCAGGCCAAGAUCGACCUCGCCUUCGUGGCCAAGAGCACGGGCAACACGACCGACGCGGCGCGCAACGACGAGCUCCUCGCGUGGUGCGACACCCGCUGCCUCGUGCGCUACCUCAAGGCCACCAAGUUCCACCUCGACCAGGCCAUCGAGCGCCUUGCAAUCACGCUCAAGUGGCGCUUUGAGUACGCGCCCGACAAGAUCACGGCCGACGAGGUCGCGCCCGAGGCCGAGACGGGCAAGAGCUUCCUUAGCGGCUUUGCGCGCGACGGCCGCCCCGUGUGGUACAUGCGCCCGCACAUGGAGAACACCAAGACGCAUGACCGCCAGCUCCGCUUUACAUGCUACAACUUGGAGAAGGCGAUCGCACUCAUGCCCGAAGGCCGCGAGUCGGUCGUCAUUGUCAUCGACUACGAGCACAUCAACCGCCACAACUCGGUGCCGUUCUCGGUCGCCCGCGAGUUUCUGCACACCAUGUCGAGCCAUUACCCCGAGCGCCUCGGUGUGAGCCUCAUGGUCAACGCGUCGUGGUACUUUUCGGUCGUCCUCAAGCUCCUCUCGCCCUUCAUCGACAGCGUCACGAUGGCCAAGCUCAAGCUCGUCAAGACGGCGCACAUGGCGUCGGCCGGGCCGGUCGCCGACGAGAUGACGCCAGAGGCCAUUAACGCCAAGAAGCAGACGUUCUCUGGCAACCACGCUGACGCGCGCCUCUUUGUCCAGCCCAAGUACCUCCUCCAAGAGUACGGCGGCAACUUUGGCUGGAGCUGGGACUUUGCGUCGUACUGGUCGGCGCUUGCGGCGGUCCAGAAGCACUAAGAAUCUCAGUCGAUAGACGUUUGUGUACAUGAUACAUUUCGAUGCAUGUGUUUCGAC